AUGCUGUUCAAGAGCAAGAAGGAAGACAAACAUGUUCACACGAUAAAGCCAUACCAUUGUAUGGACACAAGCCAGGUGCUUGACGACCUCGACGUCAACCUGGAAAAUGGUCUGUCCACCAGCGAGGUUGAGCGCCGGCUGACUGUCUACGGUACCAAUGAGAUGCGUGGCGGCGGCAGGCCAAGCUGGCUUAAGAUUUUGCUACGGCAGUUGGCCAACAUAAUGACUGUUAUCCUCAUUGCUGCUAUCGUAGUCGCAUUUGUGAUCAAGGACUGGAUCGAAGCGAGUGUUUUGAUCGGCGUCAUUGUGUUCAACUCGGCCGUCGGUUUUGUCCAAGAAUUCAAGGCCGAAAAGACCAUGGACUCGCUGCGCAAGAUGUCCUCGCCCACAUCGCGUGUACUGCGCGGCAGCCACCAGGUGGUAGUCCCGACUAUCGAGCUUGUACCUGGCGACAUCAUAUAUCUUGAGAGCGGCGACGUGAUUGGGGCCGACUGCCGGUUGUUUGAAGUGUUCAACUUUGACACUGAUGAGGCCCUGCUCACCGGCGAGGCGCUUCCAGUCUCCAAAGAGAUUGAUUCCUUUAACGACCCCGAGAUAUCUCUGGGCGACCGCAUCAACCUGGCGUUUGCCAGCACCAUAGUGACCAAGGGUCGCGCUAAGGGCAUUGUGUACGCCACUGGAAUGUCGUCGGAGGUUGGCAAAAUUGCCAAAAAGCUAAUAGAGACAGACAAGAGGAAAAAGACGCCGCUGCAGAAGGGUCUGGAUAAGAUGUCGUGGACCCUUUUGGCCAUUGCCACCGCCUCUGUAGUCAUUGUUUUCGGUGCCAACAAGUUUAAGGUCAAUACGGAUGUCCUACUGUACGCCGUCGGUGUUGGAGUCGCCACGAUUCCAGAGGGCCUUGUGGCUGUCGUCACGCUGACAAUGUCACUGGGCGUCCAUACCUUGGCCAAGAAGCACGCGCUCGUGCGCCAGCUCGUUGCUCUGGAGAGCCUGGGCUCAAUCACGAACAUCUGCACAGACAAGACCGGUACCAUUACGUGCAAUAACAUGGUCCUGGUACGCGCAUGGCUUCCUAAAGAGGGUUUCUUCCGCGUCUCUGGCCUCGGCCUGGAACCCGUCGGCGAGGUGACCAAGGUAGUCAAACUGCCGUCAAUUGCCCGGCCGGAUGACGCUCGCGUGAACUUUACUGAGGGUGUGUUUGGUAAUAGCAGUGGCAGCAUCAGUGAAAAAGCCAAGCUUCUCGAUAACGACUUUUCUGACAGCGAGGGAACAGUGACUGUCGACACGACCAACAUGUCUGCCAGCUUCAGGCGGCUUACCGAGGCUGCAGCUCUGUGCAACAUGUCCGAGAUCAAGCGCAGCUCUGAGACCGGCGAGUGGGUCGGCAUUGGAGACCCGACCGAGAUUGCACUGCAGGUGUUUGCGUCCAAGCUCUCCAUGGGCAAGCCGCAGCUGGUCAGCAGCAGCACGGGGGACAAGUGGUCAGUCAUCUGCGAGUACCCUUUCGACUCUAGCAUCAAGCGUAUGAGCGUUGUGGCCAAGAAUGAGGCGACGGACGAGCAGAUUCUAUUUAUCAAGGGCGCCUCCGAGCGCGUUGUUCCGUGCUGCACCGGGAGGCAGGAUGGCGGCGCUGAGAAGAUUACAGAGCUAGCGCCUGAUGAUCUGCAGACCAGCCUGGACCCGUGGAUCAAGGAAAUGGCCCGCGACGGUCUGCGCGUACUGUCGAUUGGCUACCGCCAUCUGUCACUGGAAGAGAAGUCCGUAAACAUGAACAAGGUGGACCGCGAGCUGGUUGAGACAAAUAUGACCUUUAUCGGACUUGUUGGUAUCUACGAUCCGCCGCGCCCAGAGUCCUACCCGAGCGUCAUGGAGUGCUACCGCGCCGGAAUAAAGGUUACCAUGCUCACCGGCGACCACCCUGAUACCGCAUCUGCCAUUGCUCGCGAGGUUGGCAUUUUGCAAGACGAGGUCAGUAGCCAAAUUGGCGACGGCAGCAGCGACCACAACGCCGCCAUCAGCCUGGGACCAACCGUCAUGACUGCGCGUGAGUUCGACAGGCUGUCCGACGACGAGAUCGACGCCCUUCUUGAGCUUCCACAGGUCAUCGCCCGCUGCAGCCCUGACACCAAGGUCAAGAUGAUCCAGGCCAUGCACCGGCGCCAGGGAAUUGUGGCUAUGACAGGCGACGGCGUCAACGAUGCACCUGCGCUCAAGUUUGCCGACGUCGGAAUUGCAAUGGGUCUCUCUGGGUCUGACGUCGCCAAGCAGGCGUCCGAGAUUAUUUUGACCGACGACAACUUUGCCACCAUCGUGCGCGCCAUCCGCGAGGGCCGCCGUGUGUUCAGCAACAUUCAGCGCUUCUGCUGCGUGCUGGUCGCCGGAAACAUUGCGGAGCUGGUGUGUCUGGUAGUUGGCCUGGCGUUCAAGGACAAACUGGGAGAGACUGUCUUCCCCUUGUCGCCCGUGGCCAUCCUCAUCAACAACCUGCUGACGGGCUCGCCGCCAGCUAUGGCUCUGGGCGUCGAGAAGGCCUGGCCGACAAUUAUGGACGAGCCCCCUCGCUCCUCGACUAGCGGGCUUUUCACCCGGGAGGUGCAGUCUGACAUUGUGUUUUAUGGCUUCACUAUUGGCCUUUUGUCCAUCUCCAACUUUUGGCUUGUCAUCGACGGCUUUGGCAACGGCGAAAUGGGGCAACACUGCAACAAGGAGUACUCCGAGUCGUGCGACUUGGUGUACCGCGCGCGCGGCACAGUGUUUGCCACGCUUACUCUGGGUAUUCUUCUGCACUCGUACAACUGCCGGCGCCUGCGUGGUCCCAUGUGGAGCUGGCGCAUGAUCAAGCGCCUCAACGAGAACAAGUUUUUGCUCGCCGGAGUUGUCAGCGGCACUAUCCUGUGCAUCAUGUGCAUGUACAUCCCAGGGUUGAACAACAAGGUGCUCAAGAUGACCGGCAUCAGCUGGGAGUGGGGAAUUGUGCUCAUCACCCUGCUGGUGUUUUUGAUCAUAUCCGAGCUGUACAAACUGGCCAAGCGCAAGCUGCUCAAGCCCAUUUCGGUCGCAACUGAGGAGCAGGAGCGUCUGCAGCGCAUCUGGACGGAGAACACGCUGACGCCUGCUGGAGCCGGCUCUGAUAAAUGCAAGAUGUGA